AGCAUGGGCUCCGCCAAUUCGCCACGGGGCGACCCGCCAUGGCGAGAUGCGGAAGACCAAGUCUCGGAGCCCCGCGAGAAAGGUCCAGAAGUCCAGUAGCUUGCCAUCUUUGAAGAGGACCUACGUCGCACCAUUGCAACUAUGCUCUGUGAACAUCGCAAAGCACAGCUACUCCUGCAAAGAUGUUCGUUUAGGAAUUGUGGAGAAAGCCAAGCCGAGACGGCUACCUUUCAUGCAUGUGGAUCGAGCGGACGACGGCGGACAGAUCGCUCAAAAGCUGCCAUCUUUGAGAAAGAUUAUGAAUUCGAUUGCCAGAAUGAAGUUGCCGGAGCCUGGCACUAGUCUCGACCGCAGCCUGCAGAGUGGCAGCCUGCGGUCGAAUCCUCUUUUUGGAGGAUCUCCUCCUUUUCGAGGAGGGCCCCGACUGCCGAUCAAGCAUAAGCGCUUUAGCCCAGGGAGCCUCACGAAAGUGAAGCUGCCGCGCUCGCGGCCCUCCUCCGGAAGAAAAGACAAGAAGGGUGGGAAGCGUGCUGCCUGGGGCACGGAGACAGAGUUCGUGGAGUACAAUGAAGAGGACUCGAAUGACUCCCAAGAGGAAGCCUCAGAGCAAAGCUCGGAUAGUGAUUCCUCGGACUCCAGUUCAUCCAGCGGAUCAAGUAGCUUCAGUGGUUCCAGCGAUGAGCAUGUGGAGCCACCUCCAGAAGCCUUGCGGGGUCGCUCCACGGGGAUGACACGACGAAUGUCUGCCUUCGCCAUGAUGCUACCACUGCUAGAUAGCAACAAUCAGCCAGUGCGGCGAGCAUCAGUUGCAGAGGUCUUCUUGAAAGCGAUCGAGGCAAACAAAGAAAGCCAAAUUGAGGACAACAAGCCAGGAGAUGAAUUGGACUUUCCCUGGAGCGAUGAGGAGUGCCGAAGUGUUUUCAUCAAGUUUGACACAGACACGGAUGGAGAAGUCGCCACUGAAGAACUCGAGCUCAUGCUGCGGUACAUGGGAUGCAUUCUGCGGAAGGGCGAGGUGGACAAACUCGUUGCCGAGAUGUUCAGCUUCGCCACCGUGAGUUGGGAGGAGUGGAUGACAUUCUUGGAGAAAUAUCGAGAAGCUGAUGAGCAGUAUUUGCGCGCCGAGUUUGAUGCUGCAGACAACGACAAGAAUGGGGUUCUGGAUGUGGACGAACUGAAUGAACUCUUGGGAAAGAUGGGCUAUGUAAUCGAUUCCCACACGGUGAUGGAAGCUAUGGAUACGAUUGGCUGUGGUUCCAAGGGUACGGUUGACUUACGACGCUUCGAGAAGCUUCGAGAGCAUUUGCGCUGCACGGAAGGCCUUGCGAGGGCGGAUGUGAGGCAGCUGCGGAGCUUGUAUGACCGCAUCGCACACACCGCCAAGGUACAACACCGCUCCCGCAAGAUGGAUAUUGGUGUCGGGAGUCAGCAAGACAUCGCCAAAAAGCUCAUCGCAGAGCAGCAAGAAAUGCCAGUGGAGGACGUUUGGCGGGUUGUCCAGUACCUGGGCUACAAGAUCAGCUAUGAGCGAGUUCAAAUCAUUGCUCGAGAGGUCGACAAUGACGCCAGCGGCUACAUCAGCUUUCAGGAGCUCUUGAAGCUUGUGCGCCGCGUCCGGGACGCGGAGCGAGAAGCCAUCUCCACGGUCUUCGAGAUCCUCGCUGAAGAGGGUAUCAGGUUGCAGCUGCGAGACCUAGGACAUGCACUAGCAGAGUUGAGGUACUAUGUGACAGAAGACCUGAUCAAGCACAUCCUGGAUCACCUUCGGCUAAAGAGUAACCAAUACGUGACUCAGGAUGAGACGGUUGCAUUUCUGAAUGCACUUCGGGAGAAGGACGGCUUCACCCCACAGGAGAGAAGAGAAAUGGAAGGGGCCUUCGAGCACCAGUGCCAGGUCACGGCUCAACGGCGGUUCCUGCAACAGCUGGAGGAGCAUCCACAUCCUCCCAAGACGGGAUCACCAAAGACGGCUCCAGCAUCACCCACCACUGGCCUGCAGAUCCCAGUCCCUGCGAGCCCCAAAACCACGCACGCCUCACCUAGACCUCCUGGUGUCAACCUGGAUGCAGUACGGGCAGAUCAUGCAGUCGAUGCCUUGCGAGCGAGUCGGGUGAUGCGUUGGUUUGGUUUUACCAAGCCUCUCCAGCAAGUGCAGACCAUGUUAGACGAGAUUGAUCUGGAUGCUAGGGGCAAGUUGGAGAUCACAGAGUUUCUGAAGCUCAUGCAGCGACAAUUCUCAGAAUUGAGAGGAGAACAGUGGAAUCUCUUCACAAUGCUGGACAACAAGGGCAACGACCAUGUGAUGGUUUCAAAGAUCCCCUUCGCAGUUCAGAAGCUGUCGCAAUACGGGGCAUCGAUUGCAAAAGCAGAGAAGGCCGCCAAUGAGAACCAUUUCACCUUGAUGGAUACGAAGGAAUCGGUGUCCAGAUCCACCUUCCAAGCAUUCUUCAAGAGUUUCCGCCGCUUGGAGAUUGACGAGAUGCGACAGCACGCUUGCUACAAUGCUUCCGAGGUGUUGGCACUCAGGGAAUGCUUCAACAAAUUUGAUAAGGACAGGAGUGGUACAGUAGAAAAGCGCGAGCUUGCCAAGAUCAUUGCAGAGUACUUUCCAGAGGCAACCAAGUCCAAAGAAGGCCGAGCUGAGAUGCAGCUGAUCUUGAAGGACGUGGACCAAGACGGCAACGGGGCCUUGGACUUUCUCGAGUUUUUGGUGUUGAUGCGCCGCUGCGAUGACAUCAGAGAUGAGAGCGACAUCCAGCUAGAAGAGACGGUGGCCGUGGCCCUGGGCAUCGAAGCAGACGAGUUGGAAGGCUACAGAUCGAUUUUUGCGGCAAAGGCAAAUUGGGUAGGAGAGCUAACACCUGCAGAUGUCCAGAGCAUUAUGAGUUACAUUACAGAGUUCAGCGAUGAAGAUGUCAGUGCUUUGAAUGCGAUUGUCCGCGAGGUUCACCCUGACCACAAGCUGCUCAUGCGAUUUCCUCAGUUUCUUCAAGUGAUGAAGCGCUUGGUCGACGACAAUGUGGGAAACAUCAACCAGCACUGCGAGCGCACCCUCAAGAGGGCCUCGCAGCGCGGGUCGCUCUUGCUUUGAUCUUUGGGAGGCGUGGCAUUCUUUCGGAUGGCCGUACAAGCAGCCAUCAAUGUCCGGCCUGUUUGUGUAUUUUCCCGCUUCCUUUGCGCUCUCCAUUUCGAAGUGAAACACUCUAUCGCCACAGGCACUUGCACCCCAGAGCAGAAAAACUGCGCACACAGGAUUCUGAGGCUGUGGGUCAUGCAUUCUCGGCACGGAGGUUGUCAUCAACUGGGUGCUGAGGAAGCUGUUCAUUUUGACGAGACUGUUGGCGAGGGUGCUUGACUUGGGUGGGGGGCAAGCUGCAGAUUUCAAUACGAACCUGAUCUAGUUUGCAGGAUGCAAGACCUGGAACAUAUCAAGUAGCGUGAGAGUGAUAUUGGUCCUUUGACAAAAUCCUGGAAGUACCAGGAGUUUCACUGUGGGUAAGUGUUCUUUAGUUUUUUAUUGCCUUUUGUGGCUUUGUUGCUUUUCGUGGCUUUCCUGUGGCUUUUCUUCUGUCGUUUGUUUUGGUAGCUUUUGUGGCUUUUGAGUUCGCCUUUGGCCGGCUUCCACACAUUUCCACACUGUGCCCGCCCUCAACCAAACUGAAGUAAGAAGUAGCAAUUAGAUCAAUUAGCAACUGUGCAGACUGUGCAUAUCAAUCAAUAAACAUGGACCCAAAUACAAGCAGAAAUUCAGCAUUUCAGUCCUGCAGCUUCAGGAAAUGUCUAUGUCCUAGCCGACCUCGCUCUCAGCGCAAAGAGUCACUAAAGAAAUGAAACCAUCCAAAUGAUUGUCAUAGUGCGUUUGGCAGUCUUUGCCGAUUAUACAGUAAUUGCUCAUACCACAAAAGCAGGGUUGAACGACAUGCGGCAAAAAAGGGGUGCGGAUAGGUCUUGGUGCUUGCUUUUUAGGUUGCGAGUGUUUUAUAUUUAUUGCUUCUGGGUAGGAUCCUGCAUUUUGCAUUGCUUUGACACAGGAAGCUCUCAUCUCCUGCGUGUUGCAAGCGGAGUGUAAAUAUAUACGAUUAUAUGCGUGUAAGUAAACCACUGAGAAGGAUCCUCGCGUAGCGUCGCACACAGGGUUUAACGGUUUAACAUGCAAAAGAAGUGCCGCUGGAGUUGAUUUCGUGGCAGGUGCAGAUGUCAUGGCCGAUGGCGCAGCAUCAUGCUCUGUUCGUGCGUCCGUGCUUUCUUUCGCGGCACCAUGCUACUUUGCUGCUAGCUUCUUCGCUUGCUUCCUGUUUUGCUCCCUUCGUUGCUACUUGCCUGGCAGAAAAGCGAACAAGAGCACAGACAGAAACAAGCAGACAAGCGAAGCAAGCAAGAAAAUACAUAAAAGUGGAAAAGCAGAGAAGGUCUUCCCCAAAAAAAUACAACUUACCACUAACUAAACAUUGCAAGAGUGAUGAGAUUGCAUCGACAUCCGAACAUGUGGCAAAAAUACUCCCAAAUAUUGCUGCAGUCGACAGCAGGGGCAGGUUCUGGGGCAUACUGUUACAAAGCUGCAUGGACAAAAAGAAACGUGUUCCUUUGGGAGCCCGGUAGUGCAUUCCCCUCUUUGAAAAUUGCAGCCUUUGUUGCCUCAGGGGCUUGACUUUUCCUGAUUAAGCAAGCCUUUUCCAUUGUUUUGGUGUGCUCCGUGUUGUUCAAGUCUUUGAAAUGCUGGUCUUUGCUGGACGUUGUGUCGAGGCACUUGUUACUUCCACUUGGUAUCCUGAAAACAUACACGGCGGCACAAAUCGAAAGGCACGACUCAUACUGCACAGGGCAGAUAAUAUAGCAUUCUGCACCCAUGGAUGUUUUCUUUGUGCAUGUGGGCACAUGUGGGUCACAGAAAGUCUAAGCUUUGCAUGCCCUUUUCAGGACUCAAGUUAUCCACUUGCCCCAGUGCUCAAAAAUGGUUUCACUGCUUGGCUGUGAGUGCCUCAGUCUCACCACAAGUUUGGCCAAGAGUUUUUGACAUUCAAAGAGCCGUGCACUGAACACACUUGACCGAGCUUGGCUACAAGCGGAGGGGCUGAUCCGAAAUGGCUCAGAUUUUUUGUCGGCACAUGCUGAGCAUGAUCUGUCGCCCGCAAAUGGUACAUGCGGAGCACAACAAGUCAGAACCGAUGAAUGCUGGGAGUUGGGGCACCUCCGUACGCAGCCUACAAGUGC